GUAUUCUCUAUAUAUUCUAUUCAUCGCCUCCAAUUUUUCUCUUCAACCAGCUCUUCACUAACCCCUCUCAAUCUCCCAACAACCCAAACCUAAAAAAAUAAAAACUUAAAAUUCAGUCAACCUAUGGGUGAGCAAAAAGAAGGAGCUAAACCUGAAGCCGAGAAGAAGUCGGCCGCUGAUGCGGGCGCUAAGAAAGAUGACGGCAAGGUCACCGCCGUCUACAAGAUUGAUAUGCAUUGUGAAGGUUGUGCCAAGAAGAUCAAACGCUCGAUUAAGCAUUAUGAAGGUGUGGAAGAUGUGAAGGCGGAUUGUGGAGCCAACAAACUAACGGUGAUUGGCAAAGUGGACCCUGCCAAAAUCAGAGACAGAUUGGCUGAGAAAACUAAGAAGAAAGUCGACCUUAUUUCUCCUCAGCCUAAGAAAGAUGCCGCCCCCACCGCUGCCGGCGGUGGUGGUGAUAAAAAGCCCGAUGCCGAGAAGAAACCUGAAGAGAAAAAAGAUGAGAAGAAAGAGGAGAAAAAACCGCCUAAAGAGAGCACGGUGGUUUUGAAGAUUAGAACACAUUGUGACGGUUGCAUUCACAAAAUUCGGAAAAUCAUCAAGAAGGUCGAUGGAGUUCAAUCAGUGGACGUGGACGGAGCUAAAGAUUUAGUAACCGUAAAAGGCACAAUGGACGUCAAAGACCUCGUUCCUUAUCUCAAGGAGAAGUUGAAACAAAACGUCGACGUGGUUCCACCAAAGAAAGACGACGCUGCUGAGAAAAAAGACGGCGGAGAAAAGAAAGACUCCGGCGGUGAUAAUAAAGAGAAAGGAAAAGAAGCUGCUGCUGCCGGUGGAGAGAAGAAGGAAGGCGGUGGUGAAGCGAAGAUGGAGGUGAGUAAGAUGGAGUAUCAUGGAUAUGCGUAUCCUCCACAGCCAAUGUUUUGGUCGGAUGGACACGUGUACGGUAACAGCAGUUACGCGGUUGAGGGAUAUCAGAAUCAUCCCCAUGAUUACGGAUAUGUGAAUCAUGCGUACAUGAAUAUGAAUCAAGGGUAUAUGCAUCCUGGGUAUGUAAAUCAAGGGUACGUGAUGGACCCGCGGCAUCACCUUUACGCGCCUCAGAUGUUCAGCGACGAGAAUCCCAACGGCUGCUCGGUCAUGUGAGAUAGGAAGGGAAAAAAAAUCAACGAUGGAGCUGAAAAAGGGGGACAAAUGUAAAUAAUGAACUAUCUAGGUAGAGAAACGUAAAUACAUUAUAAACGGAAAUAGUAGAAUUUUGGAAUUAUCGAAUAGGUUAGUAGUGAACAGGCGAAAGCCGGCUUGGCUAGAAUCUGUUAGUUGUUGGGACGGUCGUUGGUUGUGUCUUAUCUUAUGUUCGUUCUUUUUUUUCUUUUUUUAUUUAAAUAUAGUGUUAAAAUUUCAUAAAUAUAAUAAAAUGAAAUAUAAAAUGUAUUUUUAUGUUUUGAUAAAUAGCCGAAUAUUGGUUCGUUGAUGGAGUAGUAAGCGGCAAUGGAGAAUGCCACGUGGUGCAAUUGUUGAUUUA